CUGCCUCCGCGCCUGCUCCGCUCGCGGGGACGAGUCCGGCGCCUCGAGGCCGGGGCGGCUUCCUACGCAGAGCCAAGCUGCCCGGCCUUCGGGGAGUGCAGGCAGGACUUUACGCUGAGAUGUGAGGAGGCUGCCUGGAUUAAGAGGGGCGCUCUGGGCACCAGGCCCCUUUCAGACUGAGAGCAACUGAUGCCAUGGAGAAGCCCCUGCCCACCUCUUCACUCACCUGGUCCUGCCCACUGUGAGACCUUUUCACUGAGACCCCGGAGGCGCCACCCCUGUAAGCCAGCCCCCUGCCCCUGCCCAGCCCGCCAUGUGUGAAGUCAUGCCCACAAUCAACGAGGGGGACCCCCUGGGGCCUCCCCACGAAGCCGGUGCUGACGCCAGCUUUGAGCAGCUGAUGGUGGACAUGCUGGAUGAGCGGGAGAAGUUGCUAGAGUCCCUUCGGGAGAGUCAGGAGGCUUUGCUGGCGACACAGAGCCGGCUCCAGGAUGCCCUGCAUGAGCGAGACCAGCUCCAGCGCCACCUUAACUCUGCCCACCCCCAGGAAUUUACCACCUUAACCCGGGAGCUGAGUAUGUGUCGGGAGCAGCUUCUAGAGAGGGAGGAAGAGAUAUCAGAGCUGAAAGCAGAGCGGAAUAACACAAGGUUGCUUCUGGAACAUCUGGAGUGCCUGGUGUCCCGCCAUGAGCGGUCACUGAGGAUGACUGUGGUGAAGCGUCAGGCUCAAUCACCAUCAGGGGUUUCCAGCGAGGUGGAGGUGCUGAAGGCUCUCAAGUCACUGUUUGAGCACCACAAGGCCCUGGAUGAGAAGGUGCGAGAGCGGCUCCGGGCGGCCCUCGAGAGAGUGACCACUUUGGAAGAGCAGCUGGCGUGUGCCCACCAACAGGUGUCUUCCCUACAGCAGGGGGCAGGGGUUCGGGAUGGAGUGGCCGAAGAAGAGGGGACUGUGGAGCUGGGACCAAAAGCCCUGUGGAAGGAGGACGUGGGCCAGGUUGAGGAGCUGCAGGAGCUUCUGGAGAAGCAGAACUUUGAGUUGAGCCAGGCCCGGGAGCGACUGGUCACCCUGACAGCAACUGUGGCUGAACUGGAGGAGGACCUGGGCACAGCCCGCCGGGACCUCCUCAAGUCGGAGGAGCUGAGCAGCAAACACCAGCGGGACCUCCGGGAAGUGAGCAGGGGCCUGGGCCUGACGCUGUCUUUCUGGGCUCUAGCCCAGAAGGAGGACAUGGAGGAGCGGAUCACCACCCUGGAGAAGCGCUACCUGGCUGCUCAGCGUGAGGCUGCAUCAAUCCAUGACCUCAACGACAAACUGGAGAAUGAGCUGGCCACUAAGGAAUCCUUGCAUCGCCAGUGUGAGGAGAAAGCCCGAUAUCUGCAGGAGCUACUGGAGGUAGCCGAGCAGAAACUUCAGCAGACGAUGCGCAAAGCCGAGACGCUGCCAGAGGUGGAGGCUGAGCUGGCCCAAAGAGUUGCGGCCCUCACCAAGGCUGAAGAGCGACAUGGCAACAUUGAGGAGCACCUCCAACAGCUGGAGGGACAGCUGGAGGAGAAGAACCAAGAGCUGGCGCGGGUGCGUCAGCGGGAGAGGAUGAACGAAGCCCACAACAAGCGGCUGUCAGACACGGUGGACCGGCUGCUGAGCGAGGCGAAAGAGCGCCUGCAGCUCCACCUCAGGGAGCGCAUGGCAGCCCUGGAGGAGAAGAACACGUUGAUCCAAGAGCUGGAGACCUCCCAGCGGCAGAUUGAAGAGCAGCACCAUCACAAGGGCCGCCUGUCUGAAGAGAUUGAGAAACUGCGCCAAGAGGUGGACCAACUGAAGGGUCGAGGAGGACCAUUUGUGGAUGGCAUCCAUUCCAGGGCGUACACGGGCAGUGCGACGGAUGUGCGGUUCUCCCUGAGCACAGCUGCCCACGCAUCCCAAGGUCUGCAUCGUUGUUACUCAGCACGGCGGGAACAGUCUGCCAAGGACUGGGAGCCAUCUCCACCGCCUGAGGUGCUGGUCCCGACAGCCACCCCUGCCUUUGACAGUGACCGUGAAAUCUCUGAUGUGGAUGAGGAUGAACCAGGGGGUCUGGUGGGCUCCACGGAUGUUGUCUCCCCCAGCAGCCACUCAGACGCCCAGACCCUGGCCAUGAUGCUGCAGGAGCAGCUGGAUGCUAUCAAUGAGGAGAUCAGGAUGAUCCAGCAAGAGAAGGAGUCCACAGAGCUCCGUGCCGAGGAGCUGGAAACUCGAGUGACUAGUGGCAGUAUGGAGGCCCUAGACCUGACCCAGCUGCACAAACGAGGUUCCAUCCCCACCUCUCUGACUGCCUUGUCCCUGGCCAGCGCAUCCCCUCCACUCAGCGGCCGUGCCACACCUAAGCUUACCUCCCGCAGUGCUGCCCAGGACCUGGACCGAAUGGGGGUCAUGACCUUGCCCAGUGACUUAAGAAAGCAUAGGAGGAAGCUGCUGUCACCAGUGUCUUGGGAAGAGAACCGAGAGGAUAAAGCCACCAUAAAAUGUGAGACUUCUCCUCCUUCCUCACCCAGGACACUGCAGCUAGAAAAGCUUGGCCACCCAGCCCGGAGCCAGGAAGAAGGCAAGAGUGCUUUGGAGGAUCCAGGCAGCAACCCCAGCAGCAGCAACAGCAGCCAGGACUCCUUGCACAAGGGUGCCAAGCGCAAGGGCAUCAAAUCAUCCAUCGGCCGCCUGUUUGGGAAGAAGGAGAAAGGCAGGCUGAUCCAGCCGAGCCGGGAUGGACCCACAGGCCAUGUUGUACUACUAACAGACUCUGAGCUCGGUCUGCAGGAGCCCAUGGUGCCUGCCAAGCUGGGAACCCAGGCAGAAAAGGACCGGAGGCUGAAGAAGAAACACCAGCUGCUUGAAGAUGCCCGGAGAAAAGGAAUGUCCUUUGCCCAGUGGGACGGCCCUACUGUGGUCUCCUGGCUAGAGCUCUGGGUGGGGAUGCCUGCUUGGUAUGUGGCAGCCUGCCGGGCCAACGUUAAGAGUGGCGCCAUCAUGUCAGCCCUAUCGGACACAGAGAUCCAGCGAGAAAUUGGCAUCAGCAAUGCCCUGCACCGGCUCAAGCUCCGGCUGGCCAUCCAGGAGAUGGUGUCGCUGACCAGCCCCUCUGCCCCGCCCACCUCCAGGACUUCUUCUGGGAAUGUCUGGGUCACCCAUGAAGAGAUGGAAACUCUGGCAACAUCCACUAAAACAGACAGUGAGGAGGGAAGCUGGGCUCAGACCCUGGUCUAUGGGGAUAUGAACCACGAGUGGAUUGGGAACCAGUGGCUUCCCAGCCUGGGGCUCCCCCAGUACCGCAGCUACUUCAUGGAGUGCCUCGUGGAUGCUCGCAUGCUGGAUCACCUCACCAAGAAGGACCUGCGGGUCCACCUGAAGAUGGUGGACAGCUCCCACCGAACCAGUCUUCAGUAUGGCAUCAUGUGCCUGAAGAGGCUGAAUUAUGACCGGAAGGAGCUGGAGAAGCGGCGGGAGGAAAGCCAGCAUGAGAUCAAGGAUGUGCUGGUCUGGACCAAUGACCAGGUAGUUCAUUGGGUCCAAUCUAUUGGGCUCCGGGACUACGCAGGAAACCUCCAUGAGAGUGGUGUGCAUGGCGCUUUGCUGGCCCUGGAUGAGAACUUUGACCACAACACACUGGCCCUGGUUCUCCAGAUACCCACACAAAAUACCCAGGCACGCCAAGUUUUGGAGAGAGAGUUCAACAACCUGUUGGCUUUGGGCACAGACCGGAAGCUGGAUGAUGGGGAAGAAAAAGGACUCCGCCGCGCGCCCUCCUGGAGGAAACGCUUCCGCCCGCGGGACCCGCACGGCCGCGCCCCGCUCAGCGCCGCGGCCGACACACUCCCGGCAGCCUUCCGCACGUCCGCCGUGGGGCCCGUGCCGCCUCCACCCCCGCCGAAGAAGAUCACGCCUGAAGCUCGCUCCCACUAUCUCUACGGACACAUGCUCUCCGCCUUCCGGGACUAGCCACAGCCCCCGCAAGGCCAGCUUCCUCCUGCUUGGUAUCACAGGCUCGGAUAGACCUUGCUGUCCUGCUGGUUCCCCUUAACUCCCAGAGCUCCUAGUCUCCUCUCUCAGAAUAUAUUCGUCUACCCCUCAGCAUCCCGCUACCCCAAGUCCACCGUGUGUCCCUCGUAAGGCUCUCUGGGAUGUGUCUGGGUCUCCUGGUGGUGUGAGGCAGCCAGGUCGUCCGUGCUUGUGGGUCUGCGGCAGGGAGAGGAAGGCAGCUGGAGAUAGAUGGAUGGACUCCGCCUUCCGUCUUCUGCAUCUAACAGGUCUGGACUGCACUCUCCACCGGAGACCAGGACGCAGCACCAAGGGCUGGGGUGGCCCUUCCAAGGAAAGGGAGCUUCAGACUUCUUGCUUGGGUCACUUGACAUUCUGGUUUCUGUCUGUCUCUUGGUUGCACUAGA